UAUCUGCCCUGCCAAGUCCGGACAUACAGUGGUAUGGUACCUUAGAACUAGAAGGAUAAGCAAUUAACUGCCUCUCAACUUCGUCCUCCGUCUCUCUCAGACAAUGGCACAAACACUUGCAACGCCCAUUGCACCAUCACUCUCUCUCAUCUGCAACAGAAACCCAAACUCCAAAUUUCACCACAAUGCUCUCUCUUUUCCCACUUCAAUCCCUCCUAUGAUUGGUGGAUUAAGCAUCAAAUGCGCGCGUGUGGGAGGUGUGGAGAUACCCAACAACAAGAGGGUCGAAUACUCUCUGCAGUAUAUACAUGGAAUAGGGCGAACAAGAGCUAAGCAAAUUCUAUGUGACCUCAACAUGGAGAAUAAAGUCACCAAGGAUAUGUCGGAGGACGAGCUCAUCACUCUCCGUGACGAAGUCUCCAAGUACAUGAUCGAAGGUGACCUGAGGAGGUUCAAUGCACUCGCAAUUAGGAGGCUGAAGGAAAUACAGUGCUACAGAGGGGUGAGGCAUAUUCAAGGAUUGCCGUGUAGAGGACAGAGGACAAAGAACAAUUGCAGGACCUUGAAGGGCAAAAGGGUUGCAAUUGCUGGGAAGAAGAAGGCACCUCGUUGAUUUGAAAGGGGUUUGUUUUCUUUUUUGUAGUUGGUCGGUGGAAUGUCCAUGAACUGUUGUGCAGUGUUAAUUCAACUGCUAUUAUCACAUUAAUUUCUGUUUAUGAUAUUUGGAGUUGCAUAUAGUCCUGUCUAAAUUACUUUCUGAAUUGAGAAUAUAAUGGUGUAAAUGCACUUUCCUCAUGCUUUCCUAACAUAAAUUUUAUAGCUGUG